CUGUGAAACAACAACAACUCACCCAUGAGGUCACCACGUCACUCUGCCAGCUAUUUAACUAGUUUAGGGCUGUUUUUAAUCACAACAGAGUUUAGCUGCAACAUAACGGAGUUCUUGUAGUGUCAAAUAAUGUUAAUUUAGCAAGGAGAAGGUAUGUUUCCUCUCGACUCUCCGUGGAACAUCUCGUUUGCAGGCUGCGGGUUCCUCGGUAUCUACCACGUCGGUGUGGCCAGCUGUCUGCGGGAACAGGCGCCUUUUCUGGUGCAAAACGCCAGACACGUCUAUGGAGCAUCAGCUGGAGCUCUCACUGCCACUGCUCUGGUCACUGGAGUCUGUCUGGGAGAGACUGGUGCAAGCAUCAUCGAUGUUGCCAAAGAGGCGAGGAAGCGAUUCCUCGGGCCCAUGCAUCCUUCCUUUAACCUGGUGAAGAUAGUGCGUUUCAUGCUGCGGCGCACUCUGCCAGAUGACUGCCACCAUAUCGCCAACGGCAAGUUGGGAAUCUCUCUGACCCGAGUGAUAGAUGGAGAAAACGUCCUGGUGUCACACUUCAACAACAAGGAGGAGCUGGUGCAGGCAUGUGUCUGCAGUGCCUUCAUCCCAGUGUAUUGUGGCAUCAUUCCUCCCACACUGCAAGGAGUGCGAUAUGUCGACGGAGGAAUCUCAGACAACCUGCCUCAGUAUGAGCUGAAAAACACCAUCACCGUGUCCCCAUUCUCCGGAGAGAGUGACAUCUGCCCCCGAGACACCUCCACCAACAUACACGAGCUGCGAUUCACCAACACCAGCAUCAAGUUCACUCUCACCAACCUCUACAGAGUUUCCAGGGCACUUUUCCCUCCAGACCCAAUGGUUAUGAAGACCAUGUGUAAGCAGGGAUAUAAAGAUGCUCUGCACUUUUUAAAGAAGAACGGAUUGCUUAAUUUCAACGGGCCUCACAGAGACCGACCCCUGCUGGCUAACGGCGAAGAAAAUGAGGAUGAUAAUGAUGAUGAUGAUGAGGAGGAGGACAAUAAAAGGGAGGAAGAGGAGGAAAAGCCACAUGUGGAAGAUGGAGCAGAGAUGGUUGAUAUCAGUUCCGCAAUAGAGGAGCAUAUCAUCGAACACCUUCCACCCGUCCUGCACAAAGCUCUAAUUGAGGCCUGCAUGGAGAGGAGGAGCCUGGCGCAUUCGCUCAGCAACCUGCUUCCUGUCAGGAUGGCCUCGGCCAUGAUGCUCCCCUACACUCUCCCUCUGGAGUCCGCUAUGUCCUUGACUGUCAGACUUCUGGAGUGGCUGCCAGAUGUGCGAGAGGAUGUGGGAUGGAUUCGAGAGCAGUUAUCAAAAGUCCUACAGCAUGUUCUUCGCCAGGCCUCCAAAAGCAUUUCCCAGCAUGUGUCUGCCAGGUUGUCCUGGCAGCUGGAGCUGCACCACUACCAGUCCCUUCAAUCCCAGCUCAGCUCCACCAACCUGUUUCCCAACUGGGUGAAUGGGAGCAGUUCUUCAAUCCAAGAUGUCUUCAUGCGUCUCGACCAGUACAAGAGGCAGCUGCUGUCUGGAGUGCUGUGUAUCAACAUGGACCUGCAAGGCUCCUUCAACACUGGACUGAUGACACCAGAUAAUAGUCCUCCCUCCGUCCUGUCCCCUGAAGGCCUCACUAUGGUUAUGGAUGAUAUUCCACCUGCUGCCGACUCUGAAGAAACCAGCAGCAGCUCCUAGGAGCUUCUGGCGGGUUUCACGCUGCAGAUGCUACGGCACUGAGGUUCAGAUGUUCUUAUUCUAGAUCCAGGAACGUUUUUAAAAAAUUUAAAUCAGACUUUAACGUCUGUCUACAACCUGAUAUUUAGACAUUUUAAAGAUGUUAGGAAGACAGUUUUAAUCAAAUCAGCCCCUUUGUAUAGUGGUUGGAAAUGGUAAUAAUUUACCAUAUUUACACUUACUGUGUAUAGAGAGGCGAUGUCCCGCCCUUUCCGAUGGACUCUAUGGGACAUUAUUUCGGAAAAAACAUAUACGGUAGUUUGAAUUGCGUCAUGAAUCACACAUAUGAUGUUUGUGAAUUUAAAACAUAAUUUUACAUGUCAAGAAAGUCUCAGUUUGUCGUAGUAUCAUUUCGUUUUGUGUGAAACUGCUGAGUGAACUACACCUCUCGUCUUGCACGACAUACGUCACCAUCGCUAGCUAGCUAGCUAACUAAGCAAUGUUUCACGCACAAAUGAAACGUUAUCUUCCUGCUGUGUUUCAUCAAGCGACUCCUGGUCUUUUUCUCAGCCGGGAAGAGAAAGAACGAGCGAGACCCGUUGCUGUGUGUGAGUAC